AAAUCUCAGCGGGCGGAGUGUGGUGUGAGGUGGUAAGGUGCUUUGCUUUUGUUUAACAACCGACACCCGUAAAUGCUCCGCGGCGUAUACAAAACGAAUCGGCAAAGUGAGAUCGAGAGCUGUUCUAUUAAAUGAUAUUUGACAGGCUCCGGCCUUUGGAACGCGUUCAUCAGAAGAAACAAACGAAGGAGCAGCGGGAGCAGAGGAAGGAGAUCAGAUCGGACAGAACUGAAGAACAGCAGCAUGAACAAGGUCGGCAAGCACAUCCAAAGCGGCGUCUCGUCGCUCGGCGGUGGCAGUCCUGUGGCCCUCUCAACAGCAUCUCUACUUGGUUCCCCGGUUGAUACUGAAACUGGCGUGGCUGGACCGGGGGCCGGCAAUGCAACGAAUGUGUUCAACUCGAUCAUGAGCUUCCUGCCAGACAAUCGGCCCAUCACCUCGCUGCACAUUGUUCAGGACUUUGAGCGCUGCCCAAAGAACUUCAGUGCCAUUCAUCGCACCUACGACCAGGAUGCAGACGCAGAUCUAUGGCGCGACUAUAGCAUUUUCGGGCGCCAGAAUACCCGCUAUCUGUGCCUCUCCAAGUCCGAGGGACUGCCCGACUAUGUGGUGGAGACACUCCAAGUCAUUGCCGAUAAGACCACUCCGCCGAAGGAGUACUCGCUGCUUUCGCGCACAGCCGACAGCGAUCAGAAGGCCUGGCGAAAGCGACAGAUCGCCUACAAGCUGUCGAAGCGAGGCUCUGUGACCCAAGCGGUGACCGACAUCAUUGUCUGUUCCAAGCUAAAGGUGGCCCCCGAUGGCUUCAAGUUAGCCGGCGACAUCAACGGAGUGCUUAUCUGCUACAAAACGGGCGCCAUUCCCGUGCGCCUGCCGCCGCCAGUCCCAGCUGGAGCUGCAGCUGCAACCGCUGGCGGCGGCACCUGUGAGGUGGAGCAGGCCUUGAACCGCCUCAAUUUGCAGGGACAACGACACUCGCGCGGACCCCUGCCGCAGCCGCCAACAGCAGAGCACCAUGACUAUGAGGAGAUUCAGGCCAAUUAUCAAAUCAAUUCUCCACAGCGCCCGGCCCCACCACGUCCAGCGGGUUCCAGUGCCGUUGUCGUCGGAGGAGGACGUGCAGCCUAUGGCGGAACAGGAACUCUAGGAACCUAUACCGAACUGGAAGGAGUUCCCUUUGUGAUGGAUGUUAGGCUGCAGCGGAAUCAGCCAGGAACUGAUCUACCCAUACUGCCAGAGCUAUCAACGCUGCUAAGAUCCUUGGACUAUGACUUUCAAUUGGAACGUCAGGUCCUGUGCACCAUGAAGUCUUCGGCCUCGAAGAAUCCAUUCUUCAAGUAGAAAUAUCGAUAAUAAAUUCAAUCACAAAUUUCAACAUUUAGACCGUAAGCUCUCGUAGCCGUAACAGAUCUAAAGCUGAAGCAGAAGCAGCCGCCGCCAUAGACGACUCCCUAGAAAUUAUUUAGUUGCGAUUUAGUUCAGUGGAAGAAGGACAUGGAGGAGCCUGCCUCAGAUAGGAUAGGAUCGAUCGGUGUGUGUGUGUGCGUGUGCGUGCGUAAUAAGUAUUCCUGUGCCUUCGAUGUGUACCCAUGCCACAAUGUAUCCCUUAUACCCCUAGUAUUCCCCUCAGUUAUAGUCGAUGUGAAAGCGAAAGUGGAACCCGUUUGGCAACCUACCCACAGAUGAGAAGUGAAAGCAAAGAAAAUAAAACCCAAUAUAUUUACAUCAUUCAUCAUACAAAUGCAUCCGGCAUGGAUGCAUCAUACUUAAUCCCCAGAAAUGUGAUCAGAAGAGCAAGCGAAUGAUGUUUUUUGUGUAAUAAUUUUAAAAGCAUUAUGCAUAACAUAUACAUAAAUAUAUAUAUAUACUAUAUAUUACCUUACCCCAUGGUACAACCCUAUCAAUUAUGUAUGUAUUCGAAGGAGAAGGUGCUCUUCCGUGUCUGAAAAUUAAUGUUAAAGUUUGAAACAAGUCUAGGAAACGCCGAUGGCCAUGUGCAACCCAAUUGAUAUAUAAUUCUAAUCGUAUUAUGUAUAACGAUGCGCAUACACAUACACAUACACAUAUAUCAAAUAUAUAUACACAUAGAACAUA